AAUCAUGCUUUAUAGAAAUUACAUGAGAUACUUUAUAACAUAUGCUGUCAUGGCUACGCAUCGGUGAAACGUCGAGUUGCACGAGAUAUCAUAUUUCAUACAAUCAUCGUUUCCUUUCUUUCCUUUUCUUUUUUUUUAUUUUUUUUUUUUAAUUUUGUUGUGUACUACACGAAAAAAGUAUCAAUUAAUUUGAUUUUACUGAAUAAUUGAAAAACGAGAAAGUUUGGUUAUUAUAUACGAUAUAAUUGAACGCUCAAUAAGUAGAGUAGUAUUAUCGAUAAUCCUCGAAAGGUUUCACCAAUCAGAUUCAACAUUUAGAUAUCGUUCGACUUAAGUCGAUCAACUGUGUUAAACAAAAACGUUGUUAUCGAACUAAUUACGAAUUUUUGUUUAUAAAAAUAAUUAAAGAACAUCAAUGAAUAUUUAUUAAGGAUUAUGCCUCUUGUACAUGAAAUCUUUAUGAAACAACAUUUACAUUAUAGAAUUUGUUUUCAUUUUGACGAACUAAUAUGUAUAAAUUUUUAAAUACUUGUUUAAUGAUUACAUUUGGUCUAUUACAAAUAAUAUGGAAAAAUUUAAUGGAAUUACGUAUAUUAUAUCACAGGUGGAAUGAUAAGAAAAAUUGUGUAUGCAUUUUAUAUUGUAGUAAUGAUUUUUUAGUCGUUCAAAAACCUUACGAUAUGUUUAUAAAUAGUAAUAAUCCAAAAAGGAAGCAUACACUUCAAUUUGUAUUAAAAAAGAUGUUGCCAAAUUUGGCUAAUCCAAUGUUAAGCCAUGAAUUUCAUUUCGUGCAUAGAUUAGAUUAUGCUACAAGUGGUAUUAUUUGUAUAGCUUUAAAUAAACGUGCAGCACGUGCUGCUUCCACUGCAUUUGAAAAGCAACAAGUACAAAAAUAUUACUUAGCAUUGUUACAUGGUCAUGUAAAUGAUUCAUUUAUUGUAAUUGACAAACCUAUUGGUAAUGAUAUAAGAGAGACAGACGGAAAUAAAAAAAUGUGUACAAGUGAUAGCUUAUUUUGUACAAAGCCAAGAAAGUCUCGUACUGUACUCUUGGUAUUAGAGUACGGUUUAAGAAAAUCUAAACCUGCCACUAAAGUUUUGCUAUACCCUACAACUGGUAGAAGGCACCAAUUGAGAGUACAUUGUUCGUCUAUAGGUCAUAUAAUAAUAGGUGAUUAUACGUACAGCGAAAGACAAGAUGUGGAGCCUCACAGAACAUUUCUACAUUCUUUCAGGUUGAUAUUAAAAAAUGAUGUUGAAAACUUAGAUGUAAGGACAGCAGAUCCUUUUAUAUCUGCUGAUACAGCAAAUAAAUGGCAACCAACAAAUAUUAUUAGAACAUUAGAUGAAAAUAUAUUUUCUGAAAUUCAUAAACUUGCACAAUAAAAAAUAUCUGAAAUUUUA